AUGGGUGAUGCUGAUUUAACUUAUGGAACUUCUCUCACUAUUGACUCUAUUAAAGUAAUAGCUGAAAGUGUAGGGAUUGCAAGCCUCGGUGACGAUGCCGCGAAGGAAUUGGCUGAUGAUGUUUCAUAUCGACUCAAAAUUAUCGUCCAAGAUGCUAUGAAGUUUAUGCAUCAUUCUAAGCGGCAGAAGCUAUCCAUAACCGAUAUAGACCAUGCCUUAAAAAUUAAAAAUAUUGAGUGUCAGUAUGGGUUUAUACAACCAGAUUCAUUACCAUUUCGAUUUGCGUCUGGAGGAGGCAGAGAGCUACAUUUUGUUGAAGAAAAAGAAAUUGAUUUAUCUGAGAUAUUAUCAGCACCUCCACCAAAAAUUCCUUUGGAUGUUUCUGUCAGAGCACAUUGGCUAAGUGUAGAUGGUGUGCAACCUGCUGUACCAGAGAAUCCUCCGCCAUUAUCAAAGGAAGCGCAAAAACUUGAAUCAGUUGAUCCAAUCACAAAACUUAGUAAACCUAACAGUAAAGACUCUGCUGGUAAACCUGUAUGUGGAAAAGCCGCUCGCUUAAAAGCUUCAGAAUCUGUACAUGUUAAGCAACUUGCUACACACGAAUUAAGUGUGGAACAGCAGCUUUACUAUAAAGAAAUUACGGAGGCUUGUGUGGGUAGCGAUGAAGGUCGACGUGCAGAAGCUCUACAAUCAUUGGCCUGUGAUCCUGGCUUACAUGAGAUGCUCCCAAGAAUGUGCACUUUUAUUUCAGAGGGAGUUAAAGUAAAUGUUGUUCAAAACAAUCUUGCUCUUCUUAUUUAUUUAAUGAGAAUGGUAAAAGCCUUGCUUGACAAUCAAUCCCUUUAUCUGGAAAAAUAUUUGCACGAGUUAAUUCCAUCAGUAUCAACAUGCAUAGUGUCAAGACAGCUAUGCUCACGUCCUGAAAUGGAUAAUCAUUGGGCAUUGCGUGAUUUCGCUGCACGGCUUAUGGCCCAGAUAUGUAAAACCUUUAAUACUUCAACCAAUAACCUUCAAACUAGAGUGACUCGAUUAUUUGCGAAGGCAUUACAAUGCCCGUCUCAAACUAAUAAUGAAACUGGCAAUGGUCCAUCUAUGGUCACUACCAUGAAAGAGUCUGAAAAAACCCCACUUGCAUCUCUGUAUGGUGCAGUACAAGGUUUAGCCGAGCUGGGGCCUGAAGUUGUUAAAGUGUUCAUCCUACCUCGCGUGCGAUGGCUGGGAGAGCGCGUGGAAGGCGCGUUAAGCGGGAUUGGCGGAGCGGACCGGCUCGCAGCGGGCAAUCUCAAGCACCAGCUGCUGAAGGUGCUCGCGCCCGUUGUGAGGCAGCUGCGCCAGCCACCUGAUGUGCCUGACGACUACAAACGCGACUACGGUUAUCUGGGGCCAAGUUUACAGCAGAUGGUGAGCAAGCUUCGGUCUUCGCCAGCUGGAGGUAGUAGUGGCAGUGCAGUCGCCGUGGUGUCGUGUACUCCGCCGCUGGUACCGCAACCCACGCCCAGCACCACGCCAACAAGCAAGCCCGCCGAGACGUUAGCGACACGUAACGUGGUGAUUAGUGCGAGCUCGGCGCCGCAGUCGCCAGCGCCCUCUACGCCGCCACCGCAGAAGUUCGUCAUCGUGUCCCAGCAGAAACCUCCACAGACUCAGACCUCCAGCAGCGCGGGUCAUAUAGUACACAGCACUCAACCAACAAUAGUUAGGAGCCAGAAUGUGCAGUCGGUGGUGGUGACGAGCGGGCCGGCGGGCGGGCCGGGGGGCGCGGGCGCGGCCGCGCCGCAGAAGCUGGUGGUGGUGGGCGUGCCGCCGCACCAGGCGCCGGCUUCCACGUCACAUACGCCGCAACAUAGCCAGGCGCCCGUAUCGGUGAUGGCGAAGCCGAUGUUCGCCCGCAGCGGCCAAGCGUCACAACCGACACAGCCGCCGCCCGAGUUGGACGACUUGUCGCACCUCGCCUAA